AGAGAAGGUCAGGAGGGAGGAGGGGUUUUUGUCCACCAAAACAACAUCUUUCCUGAAUCAAACAUUGAACUCUGCUUCUGCCUUUCUCUCCCUCUCCCUCUCUAUUCUUCUCUCUUUCUUUUCUCUCUUUCUUUUGUCCCCUCAGCAGCAGCCGCUUUCUCUCCUGCUGCUUUUCUUUCCCCCUCCAGUCUUCGUCAUGUCCGACGCCGUGACUCGUCCGCCGGUGUUUUUGAAGCAGCGGUCAUCGACCAACUUCAUUCUCUUUACGAUCUGUCUGGCAUUGUUUACGGAUGGAUUUCUUUACGCUGUGGUGAUUCCAACGCUUCCCUUUGUCUUGGUGGAACAGUCUGGAGUCCCGGAGGAAGACGUGCAGAAAUGGAGUUCGUGGAUGCUGAGUAUCUUUGGGGGGGCAACGCUGCUUGCAUCUCCUCUCUGUGGAUGGAUGGCCGAUAAUCUUCCCUCCCGCCGGAUCCCGUUGCUGGUCGGACUGUCGAUGCAGGCUGGUUCGACGGUGCUCUACUCGAUCCACCCGGACAAGUAUCUGAUGCUGGCCGCUCGCGGACUGCAGGGCUUGUCAGCGGCCGUCAUCUUUACCGUCGGCCUGGCGCUGUUGGUCGACACGGUGGGACAUGCCAAUAUCGGCCGUGACGCGGGCAUGGCCCUCUCGAGCGCGAAUCUGGGAGUGCUCAUCUCACCACCGCUGGGCGGGUUUGUGUACAAGCAAUUUGGCUACUAUGGCGUUGUGAUCAUGAUGGUCGGCCUGGUCAUUGUCGAUAUCUUCCUGCGACUGGUCAUGAUCGAAAAGAAACAUGCUCAAAAGUGGCUGCAGCCUGAUCCUGUCUCACCCAUAAACGGGGAUGAGUUUCACACAACAUACGGGACGAUGGACGAGACUAAUGCCAAAAAGAUCACAGGCGAGGGCGAUGCUUCUUCUUCUUCUUCUUUCCCCCCCUCUUCUUUGCCUUCUUCCUCGGAGGAGUCCCCUCUCAUCGCGCAGAAACAGGAACAAGGCAAGGCUGUUGCUGUGCCAUUGUUUCACCUGCUCAAGACUCCUCGCAUCCGCGCCAUCGUGUACGGUACCUUUGUCUCAUACGUGCUGCUAAGCGGAUUUGACAGCGACCUGCCUGUCUUCGUCAAACUCCGCUUUCAUUGGGAUUCCUUCCAGGCUGGCAUCAUCUUCCUGGGCAUCGCGCUCCCCUCGCUGGGCGGCCCAAUUGCGGGAUUCAUCUCCGACCGCAUUGGCGCAGGCAUGCUGGCCAGCAUCUCCUGCGCAGUUGGGGCCAUAUGCACCGUCGGCGUCGUCUUUGUCCGACAAAACACCAUCUUUGACAUCUCCCUGCUCUGUGUCCUGACCACAGGCAUCGGCGCCGCGAUCAACUUCGUCCUGUCCCCCAUCGCAGGCGACCUGGCCCUCACCGUCGAGAAGAUGGAGGAGAAGCGGCCGGGCCUGUUCGGUCCGAUGGGCGCCUACGCCCAGGCCUUCUCCCUUUUCAACUGCGCCAUCGCCGCGGGGACGGUCGUCGGCCCUCUCUGGACGGGACUCGGCAUCUCCCAGCUUGGUUGGGGAUAUACUAAUCUCGUCAUGGGGGCGAUGGCCCUCUCUGCCGCCAUUGUUCUGGCUCUCUUUGUACAGGACCGCCCACUGCGCCUGAAGCCUGUCGGGGGCUCGGUCUAGUCCGAUCUGCCCGUUUUCCAAUAUUCAUUCUUUAUAUAACUCGCUCUUUGCUAUUUCCCUGCAUCUUCCUUUCUUUUCUGAUCAUGAUUUUCAUCUUGGUCCCUUUUGCUGCUCGGUAUAUUCUCCUUCUAUGCUUCCGCCUCCGCCCCCCUUUUUUUUGUUGUUAUUGUAUGCUAGUAAAAAUACUGUCUAUGAGAAUGAUAAUGUUUAAG